UGAAUUCGCACGAAAUUUCCUCGUCAGAGCCACCCAAAACCCCCCUCGAAUCGGUGUGCACAGCACGGCCGCGGGCAGAUUCCUCCCCUCCCAGCCGUUGACUCCGCACUUCCCACUCUCCUUGUCACCAACCGCGCGCGGCCUCUCUCCGACCGGCGAAGCGGGAUGGCGGAGGUGCUGGCCGGCUGGAUGGUGAGCCCGGUCAUCAAGAUCGUUGUCGACAAGGCCAACGCCUGCGUCUCCGACAGGAUCAAGUGGCUGAACGACGGCGUGCCCAAGGCGCUCAAGCGGCUGGAGACGUUGCUGGUCCAGCUCCGCGCAGUUGUGGGGGCCGUCCAGCAGCGGAGCUCCACUGCCAGCAGCACGGACCUCCGCGCGUGGCUGGAGCAGCUCAUGGAUGCCGUCUACGAGGCCCAGGACGUCCUCGACCACUUCGACGACUCUGCUCCCCAGCCCGACUCCUCCAUCGCCAGGGUCAGCAAGCGGAUCCUCGGUACCGACGAGCGCGUCAACAGGCUCAAGGGCGUCGUCAAGAAACUGGAAGAAGUCCUCGCUGGCUCCCGGACGCUGCUCGCGGCCGCGGAGACCAUCGCGCUGGCGUCGGGGUCGGGUGAGCUGAGCGGCCACCACCGCCCGCUCGGCCGCGCCUCGGGCCCCAUGUGCCUCAACGAGGACGCCGUGUUCGGGCGCGACGAGGUGCUCCUACAGAUGGUGUCCUGGCUCGUCGGCACGUCCGACGCCGACGCCCAGUCCGUUUCCGUCCCCGUUGCCGCGAUCAGGGGCCAUGGCGGGAUGGGGAAGACCACGCUGGCGCAGCUCCUGUUCAAGGAUCACACGGUGGCCUCCACCUUCGACCUCAAGAUCUGGGUCCAGCCUGCCCCCACGGACAACGAGCUUGAGCUCGCCAGGCAAAUCCUACAGUCCGCCAACGUCGAGGUGCCGGACGGCAUGAGGAGCUUCCACUGGCUACAGUCGAAACUCCAGGAGAAAGUCUCGUCGCGCAAGUUCCUGCUGGUGAUCGAUGACGUCUGGAACAGAGAGGACAUGAAGGAGCAUGACUACCGAGAGAUGUGGUUCAAGGUGCUGGCACCCCUCAACAACGGGAAGACGACGGGGAGCAAGAUUGUCGUUACUACCCGGCAAAAGAUCGUGGCGACAUCGCUUUGUGCAAUCAAGGAGGUCUGUUUGGGCGGCUUGCUGCCCGAUGACAUCUGGUCGCUGUUCAAGAGGUGUGCCUUUGGUGACGAAGACGUUGAUAAGCAGCCUGCCGAGCUGCGGGACAUCGGGUGGAAGAUCGCUGCAAAGCUCAGUGGGUCGCCAUUGGCGGCGAAGGCCGUCGGACAGAUGUUGGAAGGCAGCCGCAGCGUCACCAAAUGGAGAAGGGUGCUGGACAUGAACAUGUUUGACAACGUUUCCUCGACGCUAGAGCUAUGUUACCAGAAUUUACCGGAGCACCUGCAGCCAUGCUUUGCAAUCUGUAGCAUAUUCCCGAAGAACUGGAGGUUCAAGCGAGAUAAGCUUGUGAAGAUUUGGAUGGCUCUCGGUUUCAUCCAGGCACCUGCGGGGGAGCAGGUGGAGGAUGUGGGAAGCAAGCACUUCGACCAGCUUGUGGCCAGGUCCUUCUUCCAUAGGCAAAAGGCGGGGCGUCGGAGGUACUAUUACAUCCAUGACCUGAUGCAUGAUUUAGCUCAGAAAGUUUCUCGGUUCGAAUGCAUAAGAGUUGAAGGCAACGAGAAGGAGAUCCCAAAGACAAUUCGGCACUUAUCUGUGUUUGGUGAUGCCGUGGCGCAGCUCAAGAGUCGAUGUGACCUUAAAAGGUUGCGCACAUUGUUGAUUCUUAAGAACCCUUCCUCCAACUUGAAUCAACUGUCAGAUGACCUUUUCACAGAGCUCGAAGGCCUCCGCGUGCUUGGUUUGGAAGGAUGUAAUAUCACUAGUCUAUCCAAGAGAAUUGAUCAACUUAAAUAUCUCAGAUAUCUGGCCCUUUGCAAAUCAAUCACCAAGCUUCCACAAACAGUUACAGAGCUCUAUCGUCUUCAAACAAUAAGUAGUCCUAAGGGGUCCGGUCUCGAGGUCCCAAAAGAUAUCAUAAACCUAAAAUUGCUGCGGCAUUUGGAUAUGGAUACAUCAAAAAUUGCCGGUAUUGGGAAACUAAUUCAUCUUCAGGGGUCAAUUGAGUUCAAUGUUAAAAAGGAAAAGGGCCAUACUUUAGAAGACUUGAAUGGUAUGAGUAGUCUCCGCAAAGAACUCCAUAUCAAGAACCUUGAUGUUGUAACAAGUCGACAAGAAGCCUGUGAGGCCGGACUAAACAAGAAGGAUAAUGUUAAGGCACUAGAAUUGGAAUGGAACUCAACUGAGAAGAGUAUGCCCUCUGUUGAUGCCGAAGUCUUGGAUGGUCUGGAACCACACCAACAUAUUAAAAAGCUUCUUAUUAGAAGAUAUCGUGGUAACAGAUCACCAAACUGGUUGAAUGUAAGCUUGAAAGACGGUGAUUUCUACCUUAAAUAUCUGUAUUUGAUCAACUGCAGAAAGUGGGAGGUCCUGCCUCCUCUCGGGCAGCUUCCUUGCCUCAAGGUUUUGCGUUUCAAAGAGAUGUGCUCGGUGAAAAAAAUCAGCCAUGAGUUUUAUGGACGCAAUUCAAUUGCAUUUCCAUAUUUGGAGGAACUUGAAUUUGAUGACAUGCCACAAUGGGCCGAGUGGACCCAAGAAGAGAAGAACAUUGACGCCUUCCCUAAGCUCUGUAAGCUGAAGAUUUUGAACUGCCCUAAGUUGAUUAAAAUGCCUCCUCUCCCUCUGUCUGUGCGGACGGUCUCGGUCAAAAAUACAGGGCUUGUUUCACAACUGAAGCUAUCCUCCUCAUCAAAAGCCUGUAGAUUUGCGUUAGAUAGAUGUUCUACCACCAUCCUUACAGAUGGCUUCCUGCACCAGCAACAAGUGGAAGCAAUUGAUGUUUUGACUCUAAGGCAUUGCCAAGAUGCAAAGUUCGAAGAGCUUCAGGCACUGACUUCCUUGAGGAGGCUGCAUAUAUCUCAUUCACACAUUAAUGAUGAGCAGCUGGGCACUUGUUUGCGGGGUUUACAAGCCCUUAUCUCACUGGAGAUAUCUGACUGCACCAACAUCACAUCUCUUCCACAGAUUGAGAGUCCAGGAGGCUGCUUAACAAAACUUCAUGAGCUAAACAUUCGGCGAUGCUCCGAAUUUUCUUAUCUGCAUUCGUUGACAAGUUUUGUGGCACUGGAAAGCAUGCUUAUCGAAAAUUGCCCCAAGGUCACUGUAGGAUCUUUCCCUACCAGCUUCAACAGUGUCAGAUCUCUGACAAAACUGAGCAUAAUGUACUGCGCUGAGUUGGGAUCGCUGCCAAGUGGCUUCCCAUCUUCGCUGCAGGUUCUUCAGCUGAUUGGGUGCAAACCAACUUUGAUGAACCAACUGCAACUCAAGGGUGGACCAGAAUGGGAUAAAAUAGCCUGUAUCCCGAUAAAACGGAUCCCUUGAUCACAGGCUCUUUUCUGCAGACCAGCAGAUCAAAAGGUGCACUUCCAUCACAGUGAUGCUGACAAUCUGUACCUAAAAUUCUAUUAUGGAGGAAGGGAAACCAGACGAAGCAUGGUCGCCAAUAGCUUGUUCUCGGAUGGGACUGUUGUUUUCAACAACAAAGCCUUUUGCCCAAGCAAAUUAAGGUAGGCUAGAGAUGAAACCAAACAGGAGCUACAAGAGAGGAUAAAACAAUAUAAAUAAGUAAUAACAGUAUUAUUAGUACUAAUAAUAGUUGGGGAAGGCUGGAGCUGUUGUUUAAUGUUUCAAAGUUUGUACUAUGAUUUAUGUAUUGUAUUUUGUAAUGCACACAUUGGCUUAAGUACGUUUUCAUUUACGUUCCUGUCAUAGCCGAUAUCUUUACAGUCAGACAAGUAAACAGGAAUUUGGUGAAAUUUACUGAGU